GAAAAGAUAUCUGUUGUGUGGUGCGCCGCUGCCAUUUUGUUAGGACGAGUGAAUCUCGAGAACGUCUUGAGAAAACGUCUGUAUGUAAACGAGUAACGGCGGAACGUUUUAGCUGGUUGCUUUUGAAUAAAUUCGAAGCAAAAUGCUCUCCGCAGCCCAGUUACUCGAUGAGUUAAUGGGCCGAGACAGAAACUUGGCCCCUGAUGAAAAGCGCUGCAACGUUCGCUGGGACCACGAGACUGUCUGCAAAUAUUAUCUGUGUGGUUUUUGUCCAGCUGAACUUUUCACCAACACACGCUCUGAUUUGGGUCCUUGUGAAAAGAUUCAUGAUGAAAACCUGCGAAAAAUGUAUGAGAAGAGCUCUCGGUUCAUGAAAGAAGGCUACGAAAGAGACUUCCUGAGGUACCUGCAGAGUUUGUUGGCUGAAGUGGAGCGUCGGAUCCGGAGAGGCCAUGCCAGAUUGGCACUGUCACAAGCCCAGCAGAACUCUGGAGGGCCUACACUGUCUGGGAAGAACGAGGAGAAGGCUCAGGUGCUCACAGAGAAGAUCGAGGCACUUGUUGUUCAGAUUGAAGAGCUUGGCUCAGAAGGCCGUGUAGAGGAAGCUCAGGGAAUGAUGAAACUGGUGGAACAGCUGAAGGAGGAGAGAGAGCAGCUCAGCUCAACACCAUCUACGAUUGAGAGCUUCGCUGCUCAGGAGAAGCAGAUGGAAGUGUGUGAGGUGUGCGGUGCUUUCCUCAUCGUUGGUGAUGCUCAGUCCAGAGUAGAUGACCAUCUAAUGGGCAAACAGCAUAUGGGAUAUGCGAAAAUCAAAUCUACUGUGGAGGAACUCAAGGAAAAACUGCGUCGGCGUUCAGAGGAUCCAGAAAGAGAUGACCGGGCAAAGAGGGAAAGAGAGAGGGAAGACAGAGAGCGUGAAAGGGAGGAGCGCGAGAAGAGACGCAAGGAGGAAGAGGAGCUGCGAGAGAAGGAGAGGGAGAAAGAGCGAGAGAGAGAGCGCGAGCGGGAACGAGAACGUGAAAGAGAGAGAGAGCGCGAAAGAGAGCGUGAGCGUGAAAGGCGGAACAAACGGAGUCACUCUCGCAGCCGCCACUCGAGUCGUGCCUCUGACCGCCGCAGGAGCCGAUCACGGGACAGAAGGAGGAGUAGAAGCAAGGACCGGGAGAGGGACAGGAAACGCAGCAGGAGCCGCGACCGUGAAAGGAGGCGCAGCAGGGAGCGCUCGGACAGGAAGAGACGUUCACGCAGCAGGGAGCGAAAGAGGUCCCGAAGUUCUGAACGCAAAAGCCAUCGACACCGCAGCCGCAGUCGAGACAGGGACCGAGAGAAAGACCGAGAGAAGGAUAAAACUGCCAGAGACAAAGAGCACAAGGACACAGAAGAGAAAAAAGGCAGUGGAAAGGGCUCAAGCGAUGAAAGGUCCAGUGAGCCCUCAAAGUCCGAGCCCAUGGAGGUAGAGCCUCCUAAAGCAGACCUGAAUGGCACCACUGAAGACCUCCAUUCUGAAGGUGACACUCAGUCCAAUUAAAACUGAUCUGAUAGGACCUCAGAUCAGCUCCAGGUAAGUGCACUCUCCCCAACCAACGUAGCUCUUCCCCCCUCCCUUCCCCCCUUUUUCUUUCAGUUAUGUCUGUGAUUUUUCUUCCUGUUUUUUAAUAGUGCAUCGUAAGUAUGCACUGAAGAUGGAACUAGAGGCUGAAACAGAAGAAGGUAGAAUGAAACAUACCCAGAGGGAAAAGCCAGUGUAGUCCUGAAAAACAUGCCUGGAGGUACCUUGUUUUGUAUCGGUCAUGCAUAUUUGUCUUUUAGACAAGUUCUCUUCCAAAUUUACGUUUUUUUUUUCCUCUACCUAUACUACCUCACCUUUUAACUCCUAGCUCACAGUAAGAAUAUACUGUGGUAUUUUAUUAAUUCGUUCACUGAACAUACAUACAACAAUGUGCCUAUGUAUGCAACAUAUAUAAGCACGCAGCAGUUUUAGCUCUCUCUAAUGUUUCUGAGGUGUUCACAGAAGGAGGGUUUUUUUUUUUUUUUUUUUUUUUUAAUCCAUUAAAACUGCCGUCAGUGUUGAUUCUGUUCUUCAGUUUCAUGGAUGUGUGCUUCCUUGCCUUGCACUUUAAUGCAGUCUGUUCUUAAAGUCGAGAGCCGAUAGCAUUGGGAUGAUGGAAGUGUAGGGUUAAUGAAUUAUUGCAGCUGACUUCCAUACCUCACACAGCGUUGGUGUUGUGAGCGACCCCAUGAAAAGCCAAAUUAAAAAUCAAGGAUACUGUCAAACUGUGCAGGUACUCACCCAAGGUACUCCUUUCUCUACCCACAUCCAUUUGAAUGCUGUUACCUGUGAACGUGUUUCAGAGCUUGAUGUUCUUUGUUUCAUUUAAUAAUUCUUAUUUCUUUCUUUAUUAAAUAUGGUUAAGAUGUUCAGAUUUUGUUCUUUUCUCUUGUUUUUUGUUUGUUUUUCAAUGCUAAUCACAUGUGAAAGGAGGAGUGAAAUGUUGGGGAUUUACGGAUGAACCCGGUUGAUAUCCCAGAGUCGGCGUGAUUAGAGCUUAUUCACCCUUGCCUGCUUUUUGUUACUUUGGUUUUCAGUUUCAGUGAAUCUGUAGUAGUUCUGUGAUAUGUUUCCAUCCAAAUUUGAUCUAAGCAGCUUAAUCAACGGGUAAUUUUUCAUUUCCUUUUUCUUUUCCCCCUUUUUCAUUGGCAAAUACAGUAUAGAGCUUCACUAUCCCUUGUUUUCAGCGCAAAGAAUGGUAAUCCGUAUAGACGAGGGGAUAUCAAGCGGGUUACUCUUCCAGGGCAAAAAAAAAAAAGGAAAGGGGGGAAAAAACAUAAGUCCGUAAACGUUUCAUGGUUUUAGGGUUCUGUCUGUGUGUUUUUUCCUAAUCUUUUAUUCAAAUAAAGAGUCAGUCAUUUUUGUCAUGUUGCUCAAAGUAUAGCAAAUUCUAAAGCAAUUAGUCAGGAAGGAAGUCAGGAAAUACUGGAAUUUCUUUGCAUCAGUCAGAAUUGUUUAUUAUACUGUUCACUGUUUGAUUGGCUAAUAGCUAGUCAUAAACUACUGUUCGUGGCUAAUGCUGUAAUAUUAUAAAAGCUAAAGCUAAGUGACCAUAAUCAUGCAGAAGCUGUUUUGUUUUUUUUUUUUAGAGUUUUGUGUACAGUACAUGUUUCUUUGAGCAAAUGGGAUUUCAACUACUAAUUUGACUCUCUCUGGCUAUUUGUGCACAUCAGGGGAUGCUGGGACAGCUGAGUGAUGAAGACCCGAAGACCUCCAAACUUUUGCCAUGCAUACUCCGCUGCUUAAAACAAGGUGAACCAGAUGUAGUGGCCUAAUUAGGAUAAAAAUUUAAGGAAAAUAUGUAAAAAUUGUUCUGUUGCCCUUUUGCGGUUGUUUCACAGGACCUUGUUUUGUUUCAUACUUUACUGUUCUAAGCUUAAAAGCCUUCACAUACGCAAAGGGCCAACUGAAUUUUUGUUGAUAUACACUCAGUGAACCUGUAACAUGUUUGCUUUGUACAGUUGGGUCUCACUUCACAUUUUAGAAGACCAGUUUUGGAGAGUAAUGUACAGUGUUUGAACAGAGACCCUGACUGGGCUCUGUCGCUUAACUUUCUUCCCUCUCUGUAAGCUUAUACCCCAAAUGUACGAUCAAUUUUAGUUUAGAAAAACUGGAUUUUCAUUUUGUUUGAAUUUUAAAAAGCUGUAUUUGUCUUCAAUAAAAAGUCCAAAUGAAGUCACCGCAA